GGACAACAACGCGCACAGCACCUGCUCUUUCUUCUUCUUCCUUGCAAUCCCCUUCCUUUCACCUUGACCCUCCCUUCCUCUUCUAAUACAAGGGAUUGAGUUCCUUUUUGAACACAAACAUCGCUUUUCACAAGCUCUUUUUUACGUUCACACGCCAUUCUACCUUUCAGGUAUCGUUUCUUCCCGAGUACAGGAGAAGAAGCGAAUCUGAAAGUCUCAAAAACCACUAGCAAUCAUGUCGAAGCCUGAGGAUGUUGCCGCCGUCGGCGGUGAGGGUAACGACCUCCAGCUUGAGGGUGUCGAGAUCGAGUCCAACUGGGACCAGGUCAUCGACAACUUUGACAACAUGGAAUUGAAGCCCGAGCUUCUCCGUGGUGUCUACGCUUACGGUUUUGAGAAGCCCUCUGCUAUCCAGGCCCGUGCCAUUGUUCCCGUCAUCAAGGGUAACGAUGUCAUUGCUCAGGCCCAGUCCGGUACCGGCAAGACCGCCACCUUCUCCAUCUCGAUUCUGCAGCGCAUCGACCCGUCGAUCAAGAACGUGCAGGCACUCAUCCUCGCCCCGACGCGUGAGCUGGCGAUUCAGAUUCAGAAGGUCGUCAUCGCGCUCGGUGACUACAUGAGCAUCGACUGCCAUGCCUGCGUUGGCGGUACCAAUGUCCGUGAGGACAUGGCCAAGCUGCAGGAGGGCUGCCACGUUGUCGUCGGUACCCCAGGCCGUGUGUACGACAUGAUCAACCGUCGCGCCUUCCGCACUGACCACCUCAAGCUCUUCUGCCUCGACGAGGCAGACGAGAUGCUAAGCAAGGGUUUCAAGGACCAGAUGUACGAGGUGUUCCAGCGCUUGCCGCAGGACACUCAGGUUGUUCUGCUCUCUGCCACCAUGCCGCAGGACGUGCUGGAGGUGACGAAGAAGUUCAUGCGCGAUCCUGUGCGCAUCCUUGUCAAGCGGGACGAGCUGACGCUGGAAGGUAUCAAGCAGUUCUACGUUGCAAUUGAGAAGGAAGACUGGAAGCUGGACACGCUGUGCGACCUGUACGAGACGGUCACCAUCACACAGGCGGUCAUCUUCUGCAACACGCGCAGAAAGGUCGACUGGCUCACUGACAAGCUCACCUCACGCGAGUUCACCGUCUCGGCUAUGCACGGCGACAUGGACCAGGCGCAGCGCGACGUCAUCAUGCGCGAGUUCCGAUCCGGUUCGUCGCGUGUGCUCAUCACGACCGACUUGCUCGCGCGCGGCAUUGACGUGCAACAGGUCUCGCUCGUCAUCAACUAUGACCUACCAAGCAACCGCGAGAACUACAUCCACCGUAUCGGUCGAGGCGGUCGUUUCGGUAGGAAGGGUGUCGCGAUCAACUUCGUCACUAGCGACGACGUCCUAAUGAUGCGCGACAUUGAGAAGUUCUACUCGACCCAGAUCGAGGAGAUGCCGCUCAACGUUGCGGACCUCAUCUAAGCGAGGAACGCUUCAGCCGACUGCAUUCAUUGAACCAUUCGGAUACUUGCUCACCCACUCACUCGCUCGCGACGUAGAUGAGAGGGGGCGCGCUCUUCGCUGAUCGGCACGGACUCGCGCACGCAUGCACAAACGCAAAGCAGUCCUCUGCAGCAGCAAUCAAAAC